AUGUCUAAUCCCUCGUCAGCUACUCCCGCCGCUAAGCCUGGUGAAGCUCAUGAUGUCCCUCAUCAACCUAGCGACGAGCCCACCACCAAUCCUCCCGGCGAAAAAGCGGCUCCAACACCCGAUCCCGAUCCCCCAGCCAUACAAAAUGAUGACAAUGUCGUCUCCGGCGGGGAGACUAUAGAGCCUGUCCCGGUUCUGAUUGCUUCGGAAACCUUUAGAUCGGCUAAAUUGGAAGAUAUUGACAAAGAAGUGGCUUCCCGCUACACCAAAAAAAACAGGAAAAAGAUUAAGAGUUUUUAUUCCAACCAAAAUGAACUGAUAGACCAGUACCUUGGUGUGGGAGAUGAAGAGCAACUCGCUGCCGAGGAAGAAAGGCGCAUGCGACCCAAGAUUAGGUUUGCAGUAUAUGCCUCGUUUUUUGUUAACCUCUGUCUCUUCAUCAUCCAAUUAUAUGCCGCGAUAUCGACAGGCUCGCUCUCUCUCUUUGCCACAGCGGCGGAUGCCUUCAUGGACCUUGUGUCGUCUUGCGUCAUGCUCAUCACAUCGAAACUUGCGCGGCGGCCGAGCAUUUACAAAUUCCCUGUUGGUCGAACCAGAAUCGAGCCAAUUGGCAUUAUUGUCUUCUGCGCUCUCAUGGCUACGGUGGCCAUUCAACUGCUGGUACGGCACGCAGAGUUGUUUCCCCUUCUUCUUUGCAUCAUUCCGAUGGCUAAAUCGUCGGCAAGAUUGAAUCUGCUCGGAGCCUCGCGGGCGGCCACCGCGACGCCAGCCCGUUACAGGUUACGCUUCCCAUCUGUCCAUGUCUUCUUCAUCGAUCACCGCAACGACAUUGUUGUCAAUAUUUUUGGCCUUGUCAUGUCCAUCGUUGGCGACCGUUUUGUGUGGUACCUCGAUCCGAUUGGCGCCAUUUGUAUUGCCAUCUUGAUCUUAUUCUCGUGGGCAUACAAUGCCUUUGAGCAAAUCUGGCUGCUGGCCGGCAAAGGCGCGCCCAAAGAAUACAUAUCGCGACUGAUUUAUGUGGCGCUGACGCACAGUGGUCACAUUCUCAAGGUCGACACAUGUCGAGCCUACCAUGCCGGUCAAAAGUACUACGUCGAGGUGGAUAUCAUUAUGAGUCAAGACAUGCCGCUGAAAAUAUCCCAUGAUGUUAGUCAGUCUUUGCAGCGAAAGCUCGAAGGGCUGGCUGAUGUUGAAAGAGCGUUUGUGCAUGUGGACUAUGAGCAUGACCACAGCGUCCACGAGGAACAUAAGCCUCUGUAUGAAGAUGCUCAGUUGAAAACCCUGAGAGAGUACUUUUGCUCGUUUAUACGAAAGAGGAGGGGAUGA